CCGUGAGCUCAGGCCUGCCCUGCCAGGGUGGACAGCGGGACCCCUGGCAUGCCCGCUGCUGCCCCCAGAGGUGCCGUCCUCGGCCCCUGGCUCAUUCCAUUCCUUCAUGAGACUCUCCCAUCGUCCUUGCCAUCUGGCACAACGAACUCAGCCAUACAGUGUCGCAUUCCAGCCUCUGGCUGAUGCCCCAUCAGUCCCUCCCUUUGCCAGUGACCAGGUCAUUCCAUUUUCUGCCCCCAGGGCAACUUCAUUUCAGUCCCUGGGCCAUCCCAUCCUCUUUGAUUGGCCGCCCCAUCUCAGCCACCAGGUCAUCUCUCCAUGGGCAGCAGGCCUGUGGUUGUUCCAUCUCAUCCUGGGAGUUGGCCCAUUCUCAGCCUGAGACUCACCCGUCAGCUCCCGGGCCUUCCCUCUUAUGGCCAGCAGAUGGCUCUAGACCUAGAAGUUGAGCCAUUCCAUUUUUGACCAUCGGGUGACUCCAUUGGCUGUCCCAGUCUUGCUUGAACCAUACACCAUCUGUUGCGGAAGCUACUCACAAGCAGCCGCAGGCUGCUGCAUCGGUUCAUCCUCAUCUCAGCCAUCCCCGUUGGCUGUCCCAGUCUUGGUCAACGAGCUAUCCCACCACUGGUUGUUGGGACGGUGUAUUCUGGAGGUUGGGUUGUCAGGCCCCAGCUAGCUUCUCUGGCCAGAUGUCAUCGGGUGUUCUAGAUGUCAGGCAGAAGGAGCCAUCCCCUCUUUAAUAGCUGUCUGAGCUUGUCAAACAGGCCCACUCUUGGCUGAUGGACAUGGGAUCGGCCCCUGUUCUCCACAGAUAGUAUAUUCUCAUGAGGCAGCUCUGUUCUCAUCUUGGCCUUUGGAAACUUCCAAUUCCCCUCAGCAGAGCCCUUCCAAGCCCUGAGUCCCUUGAGCUGCGACCAGUCUCACCCCUUGGGGUAGAAAUUCCAUUUUCAGAAGUUGGAACUGCCUCAUUCCCAGCUAAUAGAGCAGCCUCCCACUUAAAAAGGCCAACACCCGUGACCCCUUCCUAGCUGUUGCCUCAACUGAGGGCCCUCCUCAUUCUUUUCGGAAGACCUGUGGUUUCUGCCACUGGGACCACUGAAGGCCACCGUGCUGAGAUCUCAUUUGUUAGUUGGCUUGAGUGCACCAAGCCAAUUUCUCCUGACAUCUGGCCUCAGGAGGGUCCCACAGGGAAGCCACACACCCUUCAAAGAGCCCAACCCAGUGCCCCACCCUCCCAGCCUGCCCUGGCCAGUCUCCAGGCCGGCUAGGCCUCCAUGCCAUCCGCUGGUUCCAGGCCGGGAAGAACCGAUUUGAGUUUCCUGUGACUGAGAGUUUGUAAAUUGGACUAAUUUUGGAUGUGAUAGGAAACCAAAAUGAGGUCAGCAAGGAGGAAGAGGAGGCGGCCAUCAACCUGCCACGCUCCCUCUGCCUCGACCUGCCCCCAGGGAGCUGUGGGCCUACCUGGCCAGCCAGGCCUGGGCCUGCUCCUGGAGGUAGCCCCGAUUUCAGGCCUGAGUCAGGCAAGCCUGCCGCCCCUCCAAGACCCCAGCUAAAGCCACGUUUUGCUUUCUUCUCUCUUUGUUUCUCUCUCUCUUUACUAUACUCUUUCUCUCCCUCUUUUGCUCUCUCUUUUUCUUUCUCUCUCUCAGCCCACAGGGGUAGCCUAACUGUUGUCUUUUGGUUCCCAGGGUAGGCUCAGAGGGUGAGCAAAGCUGAGGGCUGCUUGCUGUGGUGAAAGUGGCUCCCAAGGGCCCUGGGGCCUCCUCCCUUGGGCAGCCCAGGGGAUACUCGGCUGCCCCAUGGCCCUAGACCAGAGGCCAGCAAACUUAGUAAAAGGCCACUUGGGAACUACUUAGGCUUUCUAAGCGAUACAGUCUUGCACAACAACUCAGCCCUGCCAUUGUGGAAUGAAAACAGCCAGAGACAGUAUGUAAACUCAUGCCAAUGGCUUGGUUCCAAUAAAACUUUAUUUUGCAGAGACAAGCAGCAGACCAAAUAUGGUCCACAGACCAUGGCUUGCUAACCCCUGCCCUAGACCAUUGGAUUGAGAGGUGGAGGGAAGAGACAGGAGGAGGAGGUUGGAACCCCUGAGGCUCCAAGAUGAGAAAUGAUUCACCCAAAGCCGUUCAUUCAGCCCAGUCUCUAACUCUGGUGCCCUGGGGUGCAGCCUGGCUCUGGCCCUGCUUAUGGGAUAUGGUGAAAUCUCCAGCCAGCGCAUGAAGCAGACAGGUUCCCCAGGGGAGACCAGAGACUUCUGACUCCAACUGCUGGCAUGGCGAGCUUUUACUAAUACAGCAUCUUCAAUACAGCACAACCUCAUUAAGUCCUCAUGGCAACUCUGUGACAGUGGAAGCUUGGAGAUUAUUUUAUUACUCACAUUUUGUAGAUGAAGAAACUGAGGCCAAGAGAUGUGGAGUAACUUUUCCAGAGUCCCAUAUUCAGUCAGUGGCAGAGGUAGGGUUUGAACCCAGGUCUCUCUGAGGCUAUACUGCAUCUGACCAGCCAUGUCCUAGUUUCUCUCUGUCCUUGCCUCAGUUCCCAGUGCAUUUCACAGACACUGAGGUACCUGUGGCAGAGCACCCCCUGCAAAUGCAUCAAAGAUAGUCACCCCCUUCUCCGUUAAAACCGUGGCGAGGUGUCAGCAGAGUGGGCACUGGGCUCCCACCUUGCCUGCGCUCUUUCCUUGGUCCAGUCCUCUGACUUGGAGAUAUUCCCAAGGUCCCAGGAGAGGAUGCUGGAUGUAGGAAACAACCCUGGAAAGAGGGCAAAGAUCCACACCAGAGCCUGAAUCUUAAGGCGGCGCUGGCCACAGGGCGAAGGUCUGCUGCUUCCUCACUUCUGUGGACAAAGUGUAAGAACUGAUGGCUUCCCCGGCCUCCCCAGGAUUACUAGGCCAGCGCUGCACUGGCCUGGAUUUCUUCCUGUCUCCAAAGGAUGGCAGUACUUAAAACACAGAGGCAGACUUUUCUGGUAUCCCCAAGCGAGACAGCGGGAGGGCCACAGCAGCUCCCUUCACCCCUCCCACUCCAACAUGCCAGGCAGCCUCAGGGCCCUAGGAACCUGCCUUCACCACGCAGCUUCAGCAGCACUCGCGGCCCACUCAGACCAGCAGGGAGGUCGGCCCAGCCAGGAGGUAUUCAGGCACUAGCUGAGCCAGGGCCAGGUGGGUGGGUGGGGCCGACCUGAGGCCUCAGGGUGGGUGCGAGGGCUUUGCAGCCACCUGGGUGAGGUGGUGGCGGCGACAGCGGCGGCAACAGCUCUGAUGGAGGCCUGGCGAGGUCCAGCAGCGCGCACCCUGCACUGGGGCCUCCUAGUCCUGGCCCUCGGCUUCUUUCUCCUCCACUGUGAUCCCUUCACCUGCUUCUCCUUUCUCUCCUCUCCUCCACCUGCCCCAAGUUUCGAGGACUCCACCCUGUCCACGGCCACUACCCUUGAGUCUAUCCCCAGCUCCACGGGAGAGCCGAAAUGCCAGCGACCCCGCACCCUGAUGCGGCAGCAGAGCCUGCAGCAGCCGCUGAGCCAGCACCAGCGGGGCCGGCAGCCCAGCCAGCCCACCACCAGCCAGAGCCUGGGCCAGCUGCAGGCCCACAUGGCCUCAGCGCCAGGCCCCAACCCCCGGGCCUAUGGCCGGAGCCAGGCUCGGCAGGGCACCUCGGCCGGCUCCAAGUACCGGGCGGCGGGGGGCCGCAGCCGCUCCAACCCGGGCAGCUGGGACCACGUGGUGGGGCAGAUUCGAAACCGAGGCUUGGACAUGAAAUCCUUCCUGUUGCCUGCAGGAGGGAAGGCAGUGAACACAGCCCCGGUGCCAGGCCAGACACCCCAUGAUGAGUCCGACCGCCGGACCGAGCCACACUCCUCCGUCUCAGACCUCGUCAACUCCCUCACCAGCGAGAUGCUCAUGCUCUCCCCAGGCUCAGAGGAAGACGAGGCCCACGAGGGCUGUAGCCGAGAGAACCUGGGCCGGAUCCAGUUCAGCGUCGGCUACAACUUCCAGGAGUCCACGCUCACCGUGAAGAUCAUGAAGGCCCAGGAGCUGCCGGCCAAGGACUUCAGCGGCACCAGCGACCCCUUUGUCAAGAUCUACCUGCUGCCCGACAAGAAACACAAGCUGGAGACCAAGGUGAAGCGGAAGAACCUAAACCCCCACUGGAACGAGACCUUCCUCUUCGAAGGUUUUCCCUAUGAGAAGGUGGUGCAGAGGAUCCUCUACCUCCAAGUCCUGGACUAUGACCGCUUCAGCCGCAACGACCCCAUCGGGGAGGUGUCCAUCCCCCUUAACAAGGUGGACCUGACCCAGAUGCAGACCUUCUGGAAGGACCUGAAGCCAUGCAGCGAUGGGAGUGGGAGCCGAGGGGAGCUGCUCUUGUCUCUCUGCUACAACCCCUCUGCCAACUCCAUCAUCGUGAACAUCAUCAAAGCCCGGAACCUCAAAGCCAUGGACAUCGGGGGCACAUCAGACCCCUAUGUGAAGGUGUGGCUGAUGUACAAGGACAAGCGGGUGGAAAAGAAGAAGACUGUGACGAUGAAGAGGAACCUGAACCCCAUCUUCAACGAGUCCUUCGCCUUCGAUAUCCCCACGGAGAAGCUGAGGGAGACGACCAUCAUCAUCACCGUCAUGGACAAGGACAAGCUCAGCCGCAAUGACGUCAUCGGCAAGAUCUACCUGUCCUGGAAGAGCGGGCCAGGGGAGGUGAAGCACUGGAAAGACAUGAUCGCCCGUCCCCGGCAGCCUGUGGCCCAGUGGCACCAGCUGAAGGCCUGAGUGGGGCCAAGAGAGGCCCAGGGGGCCGAGGGCCUAGGUCCCCAUCAUGCCCUCACCACUUUAUGCACAAUGCCCGGCCUGAGCCCCCUGCCAUAGGGAGGGGAGGACCCUGAGGGCUCAGCCAGGGAGGGGUCCCAGACUCAACUGGGCUCCGUUUCUAGGAAGUAUCAGCCCCAUCCCCCACAGUCCAGCUUGGGGGAAGGGACUCUGGGAGGCAUUUUCCUGCUUUGCCCCUUUUCUUCCUGACUUGCUGAUACUAAAGAAGUUGGGGGAGCUCAAGUGCCAGACGGCCAGACAGGCAGAUCCCUCCAGAGGCCAGCCAGGUGGGCAUGGUCCCCCGUUUUCUUUAAGGCAGCGCCUGGAGUGGAGAGAGGCUGCCCCCUCUCCAGCCCCCAACAUGGACCCGGGGAGGGGAGGCUGAGGCAUUUGGCCCUGGUCUGUCCAGGAGAGGCCCAUCCCCAGGGCAGCUUCAGGUGCCAGCUGGGCCCUGAGUGCCAAGGAUAGUGUAGAGAGCCCGCUCCUGGGUCCUGGAGCCAUGGCCCUUUGUACUUGUGUUGUGUCCAUUGUGUGUGUGCGUGGGGACAGAGGCCUGACAGUGUGGAAGACUAGGCAGAGAAGGCAGGUUUCAUGAAGGCCAGGCAGGGCUGGAGGCGGGGGCAGGAGAGGAAAGGCCUGUAGGGCUGAGUGGGGUGGAGUGGGGCAGAGGUCGGGAACAGAAGAGGGGCUGGAGCUGAGCUGAGAACUGGGCUGCCUCCUGACACCCCCCUCUCCUCCCCUUCUUCCCUCAGUGCCCCCCUCCGCUCAGAAUCUCAAUAGUUGCCCUUCAGCAAUUUCACCCCUUGAACACUGGCUCACACCUUUUAGGCACCUACUGUGUGCAUAGCAUUCCACUAGGCCUCACCUUCCUUCCUUCUCAAGGGGUCUGGAGCUCCCACUAGCUUUGCCCUAAUUCUUUCAUCCAAAGACCCCUGCCUGCUUCCCACACCUCACACGGCAGCCACGUCGACCCUGUUCUUCAUGCUCUCCAGCUGCCCUGCCUUCUUCAUCUCUCCCUGCCUGUGCAGACUUCUGCCCCUCCAUCCCCCAGUGCUUGUAGACCUUCCAUUCAUUCCUUCUCAUCGUGCGUGGUCUCUGAUCUUCCACCACCUGAUCUUCUCCAGGACUCUCUUUUCAUCCUUCCCUACUCCCUGAUACCCGGGAGAACCUCCUUCUGCCCAACUCACAGUGCAGGGAAAGGAGGCAGGGAAAACACUGGGAUUCUGUGAGUUCUGAGAUUGCCACACACAAAGAAGCCGUGGUUUCUCUGCCUCAGCCACUGAUAAGACUAGAACUGGCUUCCCCUUGGAGACGGCAGAUUUCAGGCUGAUCCCUGCUUAAGCCCUCUCAUCCCCACGCUGGUACUGGUAUUGAUACAAGACCCAGCUGGUGACAAAGCCUCCCAUCCUGGGGGUCCACGAGCCUGGGCUUGACAUUCCCAGAAUCAUCGCCAGGUGGCGCCAGGUCCCCACAGUCUGUGGCUGUGAUUUUGGCCCACAGUUCUGCCCUGGAUGGGCCUGGGACAUCCCAAGAAGAAGAGGACUCUAGAUAGGGUCCCCACAUCCAGAGUGCAGGGAGACCUUAGGCAUUUGGGAACCAUUUUCCUUCCAUUGGCUUCCCCUUGAGCUGAGCAUUCUGCUCGAUGCAGUAGAUGGGUGGCCUUUUGCCCAUACCAAAAUUUUCUUAAAUUGAAUCUCACACCCCCACCCCCAUUCCCUCUCCCUGGGAUCUGGAGGAGCAUCAUACAUAGUAGGUGAAUCGUUUUGUAGAGUGAAGAAUGCUAAUGUAAAGCAAAUAGUCACCCACGUUCCUUGUAAAUCCAAAUGUUUCUAUAUUGUAGAUUUGCUUAAAAUGGAGUCGGCCCCAACUGCGCCAUCCUCUUUGGCAGGCUGGGACAGGAGGGCAGAGGCCACGUAGAUGUGGGAGAGGGUACGGUGGGAAGUCUGUCUUUCUCCACCUCUCCCUCGGAUCCACCUCGGUUUCCUGUCCCCCCACCAGCCACCUGCUCCGAGGAAGACUGCUGAGUGAGCAAGCCCCCACCUCCCAGGCCCCUUCGCCAGCCAGGGAGCCCCCCCCGCAUCCAACCACCUUGCAUCAAGUGGGCAGGGCAAUGGCUGCCCCUUUUCCCGAGCCCCGCUCACAGAACUCUUAGCCAAUCCAAUGCAGAGAGCAUCUCCUGGCGAGGGUCUCUUCCCAACCAGACCCCACCCAGGCACAUUGGUAACCAGGCUUGGGCUUCCCCAGCCCCCCUUGUGCAGGUGGAGCUCUGGGAUGCUGUGCUGGUGGGUGGCAAGUGGAGGGUCGAGGGCCGGGUAGGCUAGCACGGGAGGCAAGUGUGGUAUGGGAUGGGGCAGAGGUGGUCUAGGGAGAUAGGAAAGCAGGGAAUGGGGGAACUUGAGGGUGGGAGGAGGGCACUGGAGCCCUGCCACUAUCCCAGGACUUUGGGCAAGAGACCUGUACUCCCUGGGCCUCAGUUUCCCCAUCUGUAAAAUGAUGGUAAUAAUACUUCACCUACCUCAUAGGGGAGGUUGUGAGGCCACCAUCACCUGACAUGGGGGUCAAGGCAGGAGGACUCCGAAGGUGCUACCCCGGAGCAGAGUUAUUACUGAAUCCUGACAGCAAGGCCUGCCUGCCCCACCCCCACAGAGCCUCCAGAGCUAGCUGAGGCCAACCCAGGCCCCGUCUCUUCACUGUGUCGCAGGCCCCUUCGUGGGCCUCAUCCGCCAUCUCCGUGGGCGCCCUAGACUUAGUCCUUACCUUGUUCUGGUUUCCUUUCUUGUGACCAUCUCCCCACGUAACUGCUGUACAAAUCCCACCUGCCCGGGACCCCCACACCUGCCCUCCGGCACCAGAUGCCAGGGAAGGGACAGAGGAAAACAGCCACCAACAAGCCAAGGGGGCUCCCCCGAGUGCCCUGGGGGUGGGGAUCCGUGGCGAUGUUUGUAUCGUGUUUGAGUCCUUGAGUGCAAGUGUUUUAUAAAAAAUAAAACAAAAACCCACCAUCACCAAAAAAUUUUUUUGCAGCCAAGAGAAAUGAAGAAAAACUGAAGAAAAAAAAAAAAACAGGAAAAACAGAACCAUACAAAAUGUUUCCACCACACAUGCCCUCUAAGCCAGCAAGAUUUCCUCUUUGCAAAAUCCUAUUUUUGUGGGAAUGGGCCCCGCUUUUUGUGGCGAGGCCUGUUCUGAUUAAUAAAGGAUCAUGGAAAAGUA